AUGUACGACGGUGAAUCAGAUGAAGUCAAGUUCGGAUCGAUGAAGUAUUAUGCAUUAUGCGGGUUGGGUGGUAUGUUAUCGUGUGGUAUAACACAUACCGGGAUUGUUCCAUUAGAUUUAGUGAAAUGUCGAAUUCAGGUAAAUCCAGCCAAAUACAAAGGAGUAGUUGGCGGAUUUCGAACAACAAUCACUGAAGAGGGAGUGCGCGCGCUUGGUAAAGGAUGGGCACCGACGGCGAUCGGUUACUCAUUACAGGGAUUAGGAAAGUUCGGUUUUUAUGAGGUGUUCAAAUCUGUUUACGGCGAUUUAUUGGGCGAGGAGUUGUCCUAUCAGUGGCGUACAUCGUUGUAUUUGGCUGCGAGUGCAUCUGCGGAAUUCUUCGCCGACAUGAUGUUAGCGCCAAUGGAGGCGACCAAAGUGCGCGUGCAAACGUCACCGGGUGCACCGCCGACAUUGCGUGGAUGUGCGCCGAUGAUAUACAAGACGGAGGGUCUGAUGGGCUUUUACAAGGGAUUACCACCAUUGUGGAUGCGACAGAUUCCAUACACGAUGAUGAAGUUUGCGUGCUUCGAACGAACUGUUGAGCUGUUGUACAAAUACGUCGUACCGAAACCACGUCCACAAUGCUCCAAAUCCGAACAGUUGGUGGUGACAUUCGUUGCGGGUUACAUUGCUGGAAUAUUCUGUGCUAUCGUCUCGCAUCCGGCCGAUACCAUCGUCUCGAAACUCAACCAGGACUCUGGCUCAUCUGCUGGUGACAUCGUCAAAAAACUCGGAUUCGCUGGUCUUUGGAAAGGACUUGUACCGCGUAUCAUAAUGAUUGGUACUCUAACCGCGGCACAGUGGUUCAUUUAUGAUUCGGUUAAAGUGGCCUUCAAAUUACCCCGUCCACCACCACCAGAAAUGCCUGCGUCACUCAAGAAAAAGUUAGAAGCUGCAGGCAAACUGUAG